UCUAGUCAUUUGCCACUAGUUUCUAUGGUUGUCUAGUGUGUUGGCUGUAGCUAAGAGAUGCAUAGUGGGAAGGGCAGUCCAAGUAAUGCUGUUUUUAAUUUCUCCCCUGUGACAGCAGACGGCCUUGCAUGCAUCGCUUUCACCCGCCUAUAGCAAACUCGACUUCCCGCCUUUGAUUUUCCAUGAGCGAUGCCGCGAUCCAGCGGCCAGAGCGUGUCAACCUCUUCGCGAGCCAGCUGCGGCGAUGUGGAUCCAUCGCCGAGGCAACGCUACUGCACCAGCAGAUCGGCAGCAGCGGGUUUGGAGCUCGGCGAUCUCGAUCGCGCGCGGGACGCGUUUGAUAGCAUCCGCGACAAGAACAUCUUCUCCUGGACGCUCCUCUUCACGGCAUUCGCCCAGCUGGGGUAUCUGGCAGAGGCGCGAGCGAUCUUCGAUGCAAUGCCGGGCAAGGACGUGGUGGCCUGGACGGCGAUGCUCGCCGCCUAUUCCCAGCACGGCUUCGUCGACCAUGCCAAGGAUCUCUUCGACAGAAUCCCCGGUCGACGAGACACUGCUGCCUGGAAUGCGAUGAUCGCUGCCUAUGACCAGAAUUGCCUCUUUCGCGAGGCGAUAUCCACCUAUCGAUCGAUGCUUCAGGAGGGAUCGAGACCAAAUCAAACAACGAUCGUGAGCGUGCUCGAUGCGUGCGCUGGAAUUGGCGACCUCGAUCAGGGCAUCGCUGUUCAUGACCUGUGUGUGAUCGCGGGCGUGGACCGAGAAUCCACCGUGGGAGCUGCGCUUGUCAAUAUGUACGGAAAGUGUGGCCAGCUAGUUCCAGCCAGGGCCAUCUUGGACAAAAUGUACGAAAGGGAUCUUCUUGCCUUGACAGCAAUGCUCACAGCAUAUGCCCAUUCUGGGCAUCCGCACGACGCACUAAAGCUCUUUGUUACGAUGGAUCUGGAAGGCAUCCAGUCCGAUCACGUGGCAUUCGUUGGCGCCCUCCACGCGUGCACGAGCAUAUCAGCUGUUGCGACCGGGAAAAUCAUCCACGAAGGGCUGAGAUUCACCGCUGCCGCUAAUUCCCCCAGCGUUGCCAACUCUCUUGUGGCGUUCUACGGCAAAUGCGGGUACCUGGAAGAUGCCAGGGGCAUAUUUGAUGGGAUAUCCCGCAAAAGCUGUCUGACAUGGAAUACCAUGCUUGGGAUAUAUUCCAAUAACGGCUUCUUUCAGCUGACUUUGGAGCUUUACCUCGAGAUGUCACUGGAUGGAGUUUUACCGGAUGAGAUAACUUUUGUGAUUUUGCUAUCGGCGUGUAGCCACGGAGGGAUGAUUCGUGAUGGAUGUUACCACUUUGCGUCGAUCAAGGAAGAAUUUUGUCAAAUCCCCGUGAAAGAGCACUACAUGUGUGUGCUCGAUCUCUUGUCUCGCUCGGGGCAGCUCCAAGAGGCGGAAGAUUUCUUUCUAGGCAGCGACAUUGAGGUGGUGAGAUCGUCAUUUCUGAUGGAUAUGAAGAACACGGCCUCGUGCUGGACAACUUUGCUUAGUGCUUCCAAAGUUCACGGGGAUUCCGAGCGAGGAAAGAGAGCUGGGCACAAUGCAGUGCUACUGGAUAGAUUUGCAAGCCGUGAUGCUUCUGGGGUUUAUAUGCUACUCUCGGAUAUAUAUAAUGCCAGAAAUUGAUUGAUCAAAGUUUCUCUCAGUUCCCUGAUCGCCUUGGAAGCCAUCAAGUUUCUCCACCAUGGACACGACAAAUGCAUCCUCCAUGGGCGCUUUCAAAAAAGUGGCUGUUGUCAUCCUUGGCCAGGCCAGCAGAAUCUAGUUGACAUCUCCAUAGAAGUAUGAAAUAAUUCACAAUAUCACAUAUACAGUCACAUAUGCACCUCCCAAGUGGGUUUAUAGAGCAUGUAUUGUGCAGAAGCAGAAUUUCAUCCUGUGUUCCUAAAGCAAAUGGUCAUUACUUUUGCA